GGGAGAGAGCCUGAGGAGCCAUUUUGAGCAACGGGGGACGCUCACCGACUGUGUGGUCACGAGAGACCCGAACACCACGCGCUCCAGGGCCUUAGGGUUUGUCAUCUACACCACUGUGGAGGAGGCGGAUGUGGCCAUGAAUGCAAGGCCACACAAAGUGGAUGGAAGAGUUGCAGAACCAGAGAGGGCUGUAUCGAGAGAAGAUUCCCGAAGACCAGGUGCCCAUCUAACUGUGAAAAAGAUCUUUGUUGAUGGCAAUAAAGAAGACGCUGGAGAACAUCACCUCCGAGAUAAUUCUGAAUGGUAUGGGAUGACAGCUUUGGCCAUGGAGGAAACUUCAGUGGGCUUGGUGGCUUUGGUGGCAGCCGAGAUAAUGGUGGUUAUGGUGGCAGUGGGGAUGGUUACAAUGGAUUUGGUAAUGAUGGAAGCAAUUUUGGAGGCGGUGGAAGCUACAAUGAUUUUGGCAAUUACAACCAUCAACCUUCAAAUUGUGGACCCACGAAGGGAGGAAAUUUUGGAGGCAGAAGCUCUGGCCCCUAUGGUGGUGGCGGCCAGUAUUUUGCCGAACCACGAAAUCCAGGUGGCUGUGGCGGUUCCAGCAGCAGCAGCAGCGGCGAUGGCAGUGGCAGAAGGUUUUGGUGACUGCCAGGAAACAAAGCAUAGCAGGACAGGAGAGACAGAGAAGUGGCAGGGAGGCUCCAGGUUACAACAGAUUUGUGGACUCAGCCAAGCACUGCGGUGGCAGGGCCCGGCUGCUACGAAGAAGACAUGUUUCAGACAAUACUCUUGUGCAUGGGCAAAAACUUGAGGACUGCAAUGUGACUAAUUGUACCACAGAUUAUUUUAAUUUCUGUUCUGUGGAAAGUGUAAAGCAUUCCAACAAAGGGUUUUAAUGUAGUUUUUUCAUUUUAUGCACCCAUGCUAUUGACUGCUAAAUGUAAUAGUCUGAUCCUGAGGCUGAAUAAAUGUGUCUUUAAGAAAAAACGGGGCCGGCGCUGUGGUUCACUUGGUUAAUCCUCCACCUGCGGCACCAGCAUCCCAUAUGGGCGCCAGGUUCUAGUCCCAGUUGCUCCUCUUCCACUCCAGCUCUCUGCUGUGGCCCCGGGAAGGCACUGGAGGAUGGCCCAAGUGCUUGGACCCCUGUACCCGCAUGGGAGACCAGGAGGAAGCACCUGGCUCCUGGCUUCGGAUCCGUGUAGCUCCGGCUGUAGCUGCCAUUUGGGGGGUGAACCAACAGAAGGAAGACCUUUCUAUCUCUCACUGUCUAACUCUGUCAAAUAAGUAAAAAAGAAAAGAAAGAAAAAAAAAAAACAAAAAGAUAAAACAUUGGGGCCGGUGCUGAGGCAUAGCAGGCUAAGCCUCCACCUGUGGUGCCAGCAUCCCCUAUGGGUACCAGUUCAAGUCCUGGCUGUUCUUCUUCUGAUCUGGGUCUCUGUAUAUGGCCUGGGAAAGCAGUGGAAGAUGGACCAAGUGUUGGGCCCCUGCACCUAUGUGGGAGACCCAGAAUAAGCUCCUAGCUCCUGGCUUCUGAUCAGCUCAGCUCCAGCCACUGUGGCCAUUUGGGGACUGAACCAGCAGAUGAAAGACCUUUCUCUCUGUCUCUCCCUCUUUCUGUAAUUCUACCUCUCA